UCUUUAAAGCAACAUAACACAAAGUGAUGUGGAAGUAUUGUGUUUGUACCCAAAUACCUGACUGUCUCCUCUCCCAUCAUAUUGGUGUUUGUGUUGCGUUGUGUUGUCGAUGGUGUUGUGUACUGGUGUUGUGUUUCAUUUGCUGUGAAAUGACGACCGCAGCGAAACGAGGCUUCCCGCCGACUGCUGCGACAGCAGUGGAGGAGCCCAGAGCGCCUUACCUGCAGCUCAUCUGCAGUGGGCCUACGAGUACGAAAGUGGCAGCGACUCAGACGCAGAUCGACCGGACCCCGACCUUGUUCUGGACGACCUGGCCAGCAGACGCUUCCACAGCCCCUCCCCAGCUCCUCCCACCAACUUCGCCAUGCCAAUCAGUCCUAUGGCCACGGGACGGGCGUCUGGGGGUGGCGGGGGCCCCUGGCCUAAGGUCACUAUGACUCCCACUGUUGCCCCUCCACAGAAUGUGACCUGCCUCAGGUCAGAGAACAUGAAGCGACAGUGUGGCUUUGAUGUGCCUGCCUGAUGAGAGCAAACUAGACGCUUCUCUUAUCCUCAGUUUGCAUGGUUAAUUGUAACCAUGCGCAACAUCCUUGGUUGUAGUAUGCUGCCUCUAACAGUGCUCUGAAGUUCUUUUUGUUGGUUUCUGUUUGUUUGAGAUUUGAGCUGCAGCACGUUCUGAUUUGCGCCUUCUGAACUUAUGAGUUUGGAGCAGUGAUUUGAGUUGGCAACACGACUCCUCAAAUCAAUUUUUGCCUCCUUUACCGUUUGGUUUUGAGCUUGCAUUUGUUUGCUAAUCCUUGCGUCAUCUCAUUUGAGGUGGAUGUGCUCGAGGAAUGUGCUCCUCUUUGCGUGACUGGCGUGCUGUGGUGCUGCUGAAAAUAUAUCUUUUGACACGUGUGAUUGGCUGUCUCUCUUGAGCAGCAGUGGCAUCAACAGAGGGGAAACGCACACCCAGCAGCAUGGCUCCGUGAGGGUGGACCACCGCCGCCCAAUGUCCGCUGACAGCCUGUUCAGGGACUUAUACGAUGACUCUGAGGACGAGGACGAUGAGGUGGGCUAUGCUGACCCUGUCCAAGACGAUCUCUACUCCCGCAAGAUGGGCAUCAAGCCUCAGCCUGUUGCCAAAGAGUCUUAUGACAAGUUCUUACCCAAGUUCUGGACGCCUGAAGAAGACAUUCACAUACAGAAGAUCAAACUGGGCUCUCAAAGGAGACCUUGGUACAAGAAGAUGCAAGGCUUCAGCUAUAAGAAGUCGGGCUCUUCGUCAGAAGACUCGGACUGUGACAUCAGUCCUUGGCUCUCCUCUGCUCCCUCUCCCUCCGGCCCCUCUCCCUCUCACUCCCACACACACGAGGCCUCGGCUCACACCACCGUUGUUGUGGGGAAAAGUCCUCACAUUCAAGCACACACUCUCCCACAGCUCCCCAAGUUACUGACCCCUCUGUUAGAGACGCCACCUCUGGUGUUUCCCCCAGUGGACCCCACCUCGGGUCCCAAACUGGUCAAAGGUGAGAGGUGGCCUCUCCUUGGGCGCCAAGACCCCCGGGAGCCCCCAGAUCCUAUUGAUUAUGAGAGCAUUAUCCCAGACUUGGACAAUGAUGACAUGUUUGCCAGGCGGACCCUGGGCUUCCAGUCCAACACAGACUUGGCUAUGAUGAAGACUCAGUUGUCCGCCAAGCGUCGCCUGUACACGUCUGAGCCACAACUCAACAUCGUCACCCAGCGACACACCUGCGUCACCACCGAUGACAACGAAUUCCCCGAUAUCGAGCAGGACGAUGUGGUUUAUCGUAAGGAGAAAACCCAGCAGGCUCAGAGGCCUCUCUCAGGAGCCCCUGACAACUAUGCCCCUAUGCCCAUCCCAGAACCGUGGGCUCUGCCACCUGAGCUCAAGGCCAGACUCCUGUGCCCCCCAUGUCCUCUAACCCAGGAGACAUCAGCAAACAAACAGAAUCAGGUUGCGAAGGAAACACACCCUACAACAGAUGACAUGCUCAUCCGGAAACUUGGAGUUUGUUCUGAUCAGAGCUCGCAGAGAGGCCAAUCAGCCAAUCAGAUGACGCCCUCAGUGCCCUCUUCCUGUAGCGAAGGUGACCUGCAGAAGUGGCAGGCGAUCAGGGAAGCCAGUCAGCUGAGACACAAGAAGAGGCUCUUGGUGGAGAGGCUGGCUGCUCUGAAGUGUUAAACAGAAUUCUGUAACAGUGCCUGUAAGCUCCUCAUGCUUUGUAGACUGAAAACUCAUUAGUGCCAUUUUCUGUCGUGAAAUACUUUCUGUCUGAUGGUGAAGUGGUCUUGACUGCGUGUUGAUCCAACUUGUUAAUGAGCUGUUCUUUAUGAAAACUAUUAGGUGCCUUCUGGAUUCACUGGUCAGUCACACAAACCCCGUGAAGGAGAGUUUUCCUGUUUUUAGAUGUUUGUUUGUGCCCCAAAAUUGUGUAAACUGUAAUGAAUGUCCCUAUGACUUUGUCACCAUAGGGCCAUUAAUUAUGGAUCUCUGCAUGUUUGCAAUAUGGUUAAUUUGACCUUCGCAACACAUGGUAUGUAUAUGCUGAGUGGACGGCAAGACUUUACAUUAAAUCUAGUGCUACUGUGUUUUCAUAGAGCUGCAAUGAUAAGUCAACAGUUAAGUCGAGCAACGGGAAAAAGAAACACCAAUUGUUUUGAUAAUCAACUAAUCGUUAGUCAUUUUUCUUGCAAAAAUUACAAAAAAAUGCUGAUUUCAGCCUCUCAGAUAUGGAGAUUCCCUGCUGUUCUCUGAUUUAUAUCAUAUUAAAUUGAAUAUCUUUGGCUUUUGGAUGGACAAAACAAGCCUUUUAAAGAUAUUACAUUGGCCUUUGAAAAGCUGGGAUGGACAUUUUUCACAAUUUUCUGUCAGUUUAUAAACCGAACGAUUAAACAAAAUAAUAAUCAGCAGAAUAAACAAUAUUGAAAAUAAUCUUUAGUUGCAGCCCUAGUUUUUGAAGUGUGAUUUUUGAACAAAACAACACCUCCAACAUCAUAAACCGAAUUGUUUGGUACAUUAUGAGCACUGUUAAACAGACCCAAGUUCUGCUUUUUUCUUUGGUUUGCCUGUGAAUGGAAAAAAAAUCUGAAUAAAGAAAAUAAGAGACUU